GAAAAAAACACAAAUUGUAACAAUUCUUGCGGUUUAAAACCGCCACUAACAUUAGGUGCCAGAAAAAACGGCAAACGUUACAAGUUUCUCGUAGUUUAAAACCGCCAGAAACUGUCUCGUGCACAUUUCACGAAAAACUUGUCGUACCAUUCAGCAUUUUCCAUCAAAAAUUAAGCCCAACAAAAUUAUCACGCGGCAAAAACAAGUGUAUACGGUAUACCACUAACUGUUUUGAAGGUUGUCCUCUCAACAAUGCUCAGAGUUUGGUAAUUCAACGGCAAUGGUUGUGCAAUGGAUUUGAAUCAUAUCCAGUUUGCUUUACGCUAUUGCAGACGCUUUAGAGCUAUCAAACAUGCCAAAUCACUCCAUUCGUAUAUGAUAAAAUCUGGACUUUUCAACCAUGUUUUUCUCCUAAACAACAUGAUCUCUGUCUAUGCAAAGUGUUCAAGUUUCCAUGAUGCACGAGCCCUGUUCGACGAAAUGCCUCACAGGAACAUUGUUUCUUGGACAACAAUGGUCUCUACACUCACCAAUUCUGGGAAGCCCCAUGAGGCUCUUACACUCUACAACGAGAUGCUGGAAUCCAGAACUGAGCAUCCCAAUCAAUUCUUGUACUCUGCGGUUCUCAAGGCGUGUGGUAUCGUGGGAGAUGUUGAAUUGGGCAAGUUGGUUCACCUCCAUAUAUCUGAAGAUAAGCUAGAGUUUGACACUGUUUUGAUGAAUGCCCUGUUGGACAUGUACAUCAAAUGUGGGAGCUUGAGUGAUGCCGAACGAGUUUUCUAUGAAAUCCCGCGUAAAAAUUCCACCUCAUGGAACACCCUCAUUCUGGGGCAUGCCAAACAAGGGUUGAUGGGUGAUGCGCUGAAACUGUUUGAUCAAAUGCUGGAACCAGAUCUUGUAUCUUGGAAUAGCAUGAUUGCUGGUCUGGCAGAUAAUGCUAGUCACCAUGCAUUGCAGUUUGUUUCUAUGAUGCACCUGAAGGGCCUUAAACUAGAUGAGUUCACAUUCCCCUGUGCCCUUAAAGCCUGUGGUCUUUGUGGUGAGUCAACCUUAGGGAGACAGAUUCAUUGUUAUAUUAUCAAGUCGGGGUUUGAGUCUUGCUGUUACUGUAUAUCGGCGUUAAUUAAUAUGUAUUCGAAUUGCAAGCUAUUGGAUGAAGCAAGGAAGAUAUUUGAUCAAUUCUUUAGGAACUCUCGUGUUUCUGAAAGCUUGGCACUGUGGAAUUCUAUGAUCACUGGGUAUGUUGCCAAUGAGGAUUAUGCAAAUGCUCUCAGUCUGAUUGCUCGUAUGCAUUAUUCUGGUGUACAAUUUGAUUUUCAUACCUUCAGUGUUGCUUUAAAGGUCUGCAUCUACUUCCAUUACUUGAAAUUGGCAUCUCAAGUGCAUGGAUUGGUCAUCACCAGUGGUCAUGAGUUAGAUUGUGUUGUUGGAAGCAUUCUUAUUGAUCUAUAUGCGAUACAGGGUAAUAUUAACAAUGCAUUAAGAUUGUUUGAAAGGCUUCCGGAUAAAGAUGUUGUGGCCUGGUCCAGUUUGAUUGCUGGUUGUGCUAGAUUUGGGUCAGAAACAUUAGCUUUUUCCCUCUUUAUGGAUAUGGUUCAUUUGGGUCUUGAGAUAGACCAUUUUGUCCUUUCAAUUGUUCUGAAAGUUUCUUCAAGAUUGGCAUCACAUCAAAGUGGCAAGCAAAUUCAUGCUUUAUGUCUUAAGAAAGGGUAUGAAUCUGAGACAGUUAUUACAACUGCUCUUAUUGAUAUGUAUGCAAAAUGUGGUCAAAUUGAGGACGCCUUGGCUUUGGUUCAUUGUCUUUCGGAAAUAGAUACCAUGUGUUGGACAGGAAUUAUUGUGGGAUGUGCACAAAAUGGAAGAGCAGUUGAGGCAGUUAGUCUUCUGCAUAAGAUGGUAGAAUCUGGUACGCAGCCAAACGAAGUCACCAUUCUAGGUGUCCUUACUGCAUGCAGACAUGCUGGUCUAGUUGAAGAGGCAUGUGCUAUAUUUAGUUCUAUUGAAACAGAGUAUGGAUUGACACCAGGCCCAGAACAUUACAAUUGUAUGGUUGAUUUACUUGGUCAAGCAGGACAUCUGAAAGAAGCACAAAAACUGAUCACUGACAUGCCAUUUAAGCCUGACAAAACUAUAUGGUGCUCCUUGCUUGGUGCCUGUGAAAUUCACAAGAACCGAUAUCUUGCAAAUAUUGUUGCUGAGCAUCUUCUUGCUACCUCACCAGAAGAUGUUUCUGUACAUAUAAUGCUGUCAAAUGUUUAUGCAGCCCUUGGAAUGUGGGAUAGUUUGAGUAAGGUAAGAGAAGCUGUCAAAAGAGUAGGCAUAAAACAAGCUGGAAAAAGCUGGAUUGAGAUCUCUAGUUGAGAAUGCUAAACUUGUGAAUGGCUAGGUUAAUCGUCAUACAUAAGGCAUUUCCGGAUGAGUCACUCAUUUUCUAGCAUAUAAGGACUGGUAUGUGACUGAAAUCUGAAUUGUGAAAGGCCGUCUCAGGUUAUGGUGAUUGCAUCAGCUCAAUUAGAAGGUAAAAGCGUGGAAGUGUCAAUUUUUCAACGAAUUUUAGAUAGGAGAAACUGCAUCAAAGACUACAACAUUACGUACAAUGAAUGCAGCAGUUCAAUCUAAUAAGCUUUCCAUGCCUACAAUUGUCACGAGGUUUCUCACAUCCAUUGUUUGCUUUCCCUCCAAAUAAAGUUAGAAACUAAAAAGGUAUAUUAAAAUCAGAGGUGGCUUUUUUACCACUUGCAAAUGCAUCUCAGAUCAUGUCAUUUUUAAACAGAAAGUCAUCGGGUCUCAGCUCAUCUUUUAGCAUGGUUGAGCAGCUUUUAACAUUUUCAGCUUUUAUUUGACAAGCUUCAUUCUGAUGCACAUGUGGUGAGAUCAGCUUUUUUUCUUUCCUUUCACCUUUGUAUAGUGAAUUCUGUCAAUAAAAUUUUCUAAAAGGGGUUUGAGAUAUGAUAAUAAUGUAGACUUAUUGAAAAAUGUUAUGAUAAUUACAAUAGUUAAUCUAUGAUGACAGAAAAAAUAGUUAGGCUUUUGAUGUAUAUAACAUAAUAAUUGCCUUGGUUUUAAUUCCAAAUGUUCAGUUUCCAGGUUC